CCUGGUGUUUCCUGGGCUCAACAAUUUAUAAACUGAUCAACAGAGCUCGUUUUUGAGAGCAACGUUAUAUUACGAGAUUCAUCCGUGAAAUUAGGUACAUGGUGCAAGGUCAUACCUGGCUAGUAUAUUACAAGAUAAUUUGGCAAACUAUCACCAAUCACUAUAUUGAGUUCCAUUUUUCGCAAAAAAGAGAAAGUUCCCAAACAUUCCAGGGUGUAACUUUGGGAUUUCCAAGAGUUUCUACGAUUCUACCUCAUUUGGGUAGAUGCCCAAUGUGUUCACUCCUUACAGUUUUUAAUUUUCUUCCGGGAUUCAGUUUUAGUUCGAGAAAAAGGCUAUUGCGUACAUUAGUACACUAAGCUGUUGAUGGAAUCAUUCGACUUUUAAAGAUCUUAUUAGCUUACCGGUUAAAGAUUUCAUCAAUGCCAACAAAGUGUUGGCAGAUGUCUCCACUAUCUAGGCAUGUGUUUGGAAACUCGACU